GGUGCGCCCACACCCACCCUGCACUGGCUGCUGUUCGAGGCGGUGCAGCCUCUGCAGUGUCUGCGGGACAUUGUCUCCACGGUGCGGCUGUUUCCCAGAACACCUCUGCGGCCUCAGCGGUUCCGAGCACAGCCGGCCUCCCUGCACCACUCCCCCCGCGCCAACGCUCCAUUCAUCCCGCUGCCUGGCACUGAGGCGUGUGCGCUCUGCGGCUGCUGGCAUCACCAUCCAUGUCCUGUCAAUGAGGAUAGAGGCUUAUUUACUGAGCAUCAUCUGAGCCGAGCGGACGUGUGACUGGCACCAUGAGCAGCACUGUGUUUCAGCAGCAGGCUGUCCACAGCCCUCUGGAGAAGAAGAAGCAGAAGCAGGGCGGAGGAGGAGGGGGACCGAUCCCCUGUCAGAACUGUGGGAAGCCCUGCAAAGGGGAGGCACUGCGAGUUCAGAACAAACACUUCCACAUCAAGUGCUUCGCCUGUAAAGUGUGUGGAUGUGAGCUGGCCCAGGGGGGCUUCUUCGUGCGGCAGGGCGAAUACAUCUGUACCCUGGACUACCAGCGACUGUACGGGACCCGCUGCUUCGGCUGCCAGGACUUCAUCGAGGGGGAAGUGGUGUCCGCCCUGGGCAAGACCUACCACCCCCGCUGCUUUGUCUGCGCCUCCUGCAAACAGCCAUUCCCGGCCGGCGACCGAGUGACAUUUAACGGGAAGGAGUGUAUCUGCCAAAAGUGUACCGAGCCUCUGCCUGCCAACAGCCCUGCACCCAUACAGGCUGUCCACAAUUGCUGCGGCUGUGGGAAGGAGUUUAAGAACGAACAGUCUCUCGUGGCUCUGGAGAAGCACUGGCACCUGGGCUGCUUCAAGUGUAAAGUCUGCAACAAGGUGCUCAAUGCGGAGUACAUCAGCAAGGAUGGCAUCCCCUACUGUGAGAUGGACUACCACGCCAUGUUCGGCAUCCAGUGCGAGAGCUGCAAGAAUUACAUCACCGGAAAAGUCCUGGAGGCUGGAGAGAAGCAUUACCACCCCUCAUGCGCCCGCUGUGCCCGCUGCGAGCAGAUGUUUGCAGAGGGAGAAGAAAUGUACCUGCAAGGAUCGGCUAUCUGGCAUCCCCCAUGCAGACAAGCAGCCAAGCUGGAUGAGAAGAGUAAGAAGCAGGUGCGGAUACAGCUCAAUGACGUCCCUGAGCAACAGGUGACCCGGACUUCAUCUGAGAGCAUCACCUCAGUCCCAGCAUCCAGCGCCUCGGGCUCUCCCAGCAGAGUCAUAUAUGCUAAACUAGGAGAGGAGACGCUGGACUACAAGGACCUGGCUGCUCUUCCAAAGACCAAGGCCAUUUAUAACAUAGACAGGCCUGACAUGCUGUCCUACUCUCCAUAUGUCAGCUACCCAUCUGAGGAGAGGCACUACGGAGAGUCCCCCCAGCUACUUUCUCCUACUCCUACUGAGGGCGAUGGGGAGAAGUCCCCCCGUCAGAGGAGGCCCUCCAGCCCCAGCUCCACCAGCUCCCUGGGAGGCUACGGACGUUACACCCCAUCCCGUUCCCCCCAAAAUUACAGCCGACCAGGGCCAGAGUUAUACCUUGCCGGUAAAUACAGCAACCAGGCCCGUGACUCCAGUUCUCUUCCUUUGCCCCCAAACCACAUGGGUGGCAUUAAGUACCCUUCCACUUUGGCCAGGGACUCAUCCCCCCUCCCUGUGUACUAUUCUGGUGGGGCGGAAGGGAGUGGAGGUGGUGGUGGUGGUGGCCAGUACUCACCCACACCAGCAGGUGGCAUUGCAGGCUUGUCUUUACACCUAAACCCCACCACCCUGGCCAUGCUACAGCAGCACAACUUCAUCCCGUUCUUCAGAGGGUUCAAACAGGACCCCGUACCUGACCCUAAACCUAGGACAGCCAUGCAUCUCAGUUUACCUCCUCCCAACGGUAGUGAAAGUGGUCGGAGUACCCCCAGCUUAUCCACCUAUUCUGAUGGCAAAUCUCCCUCAUCCACUUCUACAUACAUGGCUGCUCCCCGGCAUUUCCACAUACCAGAGACUAUGGUCAAAGAUAAUAUCUAUAGAAAACCCCCCAUCUACAAACAGCAUGCUUCUAGAACAUCCUGGCAGGAUGGGGAGGAUGGCAAGAGGACCAGCUGGAUGAUCCUGAAGAGUGAGGGUGAUGGACACAUGGGUCCAGAAGACCUGGACCCCAGCAAGUCCACCUGCAGCCUGCCCACUGACACCUCCCAGCCAAAUUUCCCCUACAAUAAGUCUGCAUCUUUACCCGGAUAUGGAAGGAACGGCAUCUACAAGGCUGCUGAGAUGGUGGAGGAUGAAGUGGACCCGGACUCCCACAGCUGGGGAGGCAUGAGAGAGUACAAGGUCUACCCUUAUGAAAUCCUGGCAGUGACGCAUAGAGUGAAAGUGAAGCUUCCCAGAGAUGUAGAUCGCACCAGACUGGAGAGACACCUUUCUCCGGAGGACUUCCGGCAGGUUUUCGGUAUGACCCUGGAUCAGUUCGACCGCCUGGCCCUGUGGAAGAAGAACGACCUCAAGAAGAGGGCGCGCCUUUUUUAGACAGACACACAUGUAAAAAAAGAAAAGGAAAAAAAAAAACCGCCAAGCAACAUCUCAACAGCCAACCGUCCUGUCUGGAAGGAAGCAGCAAAAGGAAAAAAACCCAACCCCAUUUGAAAUAUCUAUAUAUGCACCGCCAUGAUGCUCCGACUGUCCACCUGUAAAACCCCAUGCCAUCUGCCUGUGACGCCACGGAGAGGCUCGUCUUACAUUGAGGCAGCGUCUAUAGCUUUUUGUAUGCGAUGUGGUCUGAAUGUUUGACUGACAGCCCCGCGGACGAGGACGAGGAGCUGCGUUUGCAUGGCCUGUGUUGAUGCUCCUCGCCUCCCAUGUGGUUUCUGCAUCCCCACCCCCACCCCCUCCUGGCGAUCCCGAUGCUUUCAUACACCCUGGCAAAAAUAACAGCUUUUUCUAAUUCUUGUGCAGACCUUCCUCCAGGUUUCCGUGGUUCUGACUGUUUUAUGUGCGCCUUCUUCUGACUCUGUCGGUCUUGACUUAUCUCCCUGUUUUCAUCUGGAGUUUUUCCUCCACAGCGAGUUUGUUUUCCCGAUGUGAGGGUUUAUCAUCUUGUCUGUGUGUGUAUCUUCUGCCUUCUCUCUCUCUCGCUGUCUCUCCAUCAUUUUAAGUUGUUAUCCCUGCACUGACUGACUGUUACCUUGUCGAGCAAGUUCAUUUCUACACCCUCGCCAUCACUUCAGGACAAUGAGGACUGACAGACUUGUGCACGCUCACUAUUUGAGCAUGUCAAGGCCAAAGACCGGGAUAAGAAACAACUUUGGCUUCUCUUUCUGUUUUUAUCUUAUCAUCAGCUUUUGUUUUUCAAUUUCCCUUCAUGUUGCAUUCAGUCAGAGAAGUUGGGAAAGCCUGGUCGGGUAGUUUUGAUAUGUGUGCCCUGAUCCGUUUGAAUGCGGCCCCAUAUCUUACGUAAGCCUCUCGUAAAUCAGCGCAGAUAGCGAGAGCCAGGGCUGGAGCGGGGCCACAACAUGGCAGUAAAUCACAGAUGGAAGGGGGCGGGAGUGAAAAGAGGAGGAGAAAACUACAGUAUAGGAAGAUUCAGGCGAUACAAAGGUGUCAAACAUGCAGCAUCGCCAGAGUGGCAUGCACUCACAUAAAAGACAAAAAGAAAUUAUUUUUAUAAGCUAUUUUUGACUUCUGGAAAGGAUCAUGAGAUACAGCUGAGAGAAAUCAUGAUUUUGUUACAAGGAAACAAAAGACAAAAAAGAAAAAGGCCACGCUGACUUUGUUAAGCUUCACCGACCUGCAGCAGCACUUACGCAAAACAAGUGAGGUCUUGCUUGAAUUAAAACUCAAUAUUAUAACUGUGUUAUAUCUCCUCAGAUAGAGAGCUAACUCUUUAUAUGUUUGUCGUUUGAAAGCAUUGUUGCGUACAGUAAAAAAAACGCUACACAUGUAGAAGCUGAAGUCUGUCGGCUUUGCUUGAUUUUUCUGGACCAUAAAUCGAUCGAUUUGCCAACUGACAUACUGUAAAAUGUAUGUGAACAUGUACUGGACAUAUACCAGAUAUAUUUGUCUGUAUACAAUCCAUGGUGUAUAACUCUUCAAGGCAUGCAUGAGGAUGCGGAAAAUGGGGGUUUUGUCCGCUGACCUCAGAUUAGAAACGUGUGAAAACAUUAUCAUCAAUGUGGUUUGAGUGAUUGAUUAUUUUCUGGUUAAACUACGUCAAAUGAAAUGCCUGGGUCAGUUGCUUACAUUAGCUCGUGUUAUAGGUAUUUAUUUAAUUGCCAUUUUUAAGGAAGGGAUUUUAUUUUUUAAACCGUAAGAGUGUAGUGUCGAAUGAGUAGCAUCACCGAGGAGAACGCUUUCGAAGAGAAACAUAUCAGAUUAUGAGUUUCAUUUUAAAAGAGUGUCAAAUCACAUUUUAUUUUGCUCCUGUAAGUAACACACUAACUUGUUGUCAUAAAGCAUCAUGUCCUCUUUCUAAUAUUCAUCUGCUAUUAAAGUGCUUUAUCCAAAAGUCA